AGCUGUUUUGGAGAAAUAUGUAUUUUUAAAAGCACUUUACAAUUAAACCUGAAUUAAAUUGAAUAACAUUUUUGAUUAAAAAAAAAAAGAGUUUGUGCUUCAAAGAAAUACUGAAGAACCUUUAUUUUAUUUUAUUUUAUUGUAAAGUGUAUGGUCAAAGAAUUGGUCACAGCUGCUGGAAUUUAACUUGAAUUUAAACCUCAGUAGUUAUGAAGGUUAUGUUGGUUCUGUGUAGUCUUUGUUGUGUCUUUGAUAAACGUUAGGCCUGUAUAUGUUUUAUAGAAGUUUUAAAAGUGACCGUGGCUUUCAAAAUUCAAUGUGUAAAUUAAGUUUAGAACAUAUGAAAAGCAAAAGUUCAGAAGAACUUCAUACUCUAGUGAUGACAUCAAAUUGCAUUUCUAAUUAUUUACCAUGGUUUGACCUGGUUGUAAAAAUCGAGGCCUGGUGUCUGUAGCAUUAGUGAGAAUUAGCGGAUAUGUCUGUGUGAAUUAGCAGACAUGGGUGCUGAGUGUGCCAGGUUAUGUUUGCGUGGAUGAGUCAACACCACAGAAGGCAAAUUCUUUGCUCUUCCUCACAUUAGCUGGAUUAAUGAAGGGAAUUUUACAGUUGAUUUGGCGUGCUGUAUACUUUGGGCUUGUACGUAUUUGUUUAAAAGUCUUUUAGCAGUUCAUAAAGACAUGUUUCCUCUGCUUGUCCCCUUCCUGUUGGGACUCUAUCAAGGUUCUGCUAACUCUCUUUGAUUCUGCCCAUCAACCAAUGGGAUCAUGACAUUGACUCAUCAAUGUCACUUCAAAGUCUGGGAAUGGGGGCCAAGCCCCACCCACACCCAGAACCCACUUAAAGGUGCGGGACACCCCCUCUGCAUCAGACAUAUAACACAUUGGAUCCCUUCAUCCUUGGACUUAACUGCUCAGCACUUGUGUGCCAUUGGAAUUAACAAGACCCAUUUAAGGUCAUAUGGAGAGCUUGUGCUUUAACUGAAACAUCUAACUAUUACUCAUUCUGAUCUCUCUUGUUUUUGGUGUAUCUUUUGUUUUUUCUGGAGGACAUCUUUCGAGAAGUCAAAUAAUGCAGUCUAUCAGAGAUCUCAAGCAUAAUUUCAGCCUCCCUCCUCCAACUUCUAUGGCUGGAGCUAGUGACUCUUAUCACCAAGGCAACAUCCGAAUGACUCUGGAGGAUCCAGAGCUGUGGAAGUCCUUUCAUGAGAUUGGAACUGAGAUGAUUAUCACCAAACCUGGAAGGAGAAUGUUUCCACACUGUAAAAUCAGCUUGUCUGGAUUGGUGCCAUAUGCAAAGUACAUUUUACUGGUGGACAUGGUGCCAGAGGACGUACUCAGAUACAAGUGGAACAAGGACAAGUGGGAGGUCGCUGGCAAAGCUGAGCCCCAGCCGCCUUACAGGACGUACCUACACCCGGAUUCCCCUGCGCCUGGCAGCCACUGGAUGAAGCAGCCAGUAUCCUUCCUCAAACUCAAGCUAACCAACAAUGCCCUUGACCAGCAUGGACAUAUCAUUCUCCACUCAAUGCACUGUUAUCACCCGCGAUUUCACAUUGUACAAGCAGAUGAUCUGUAUAGUGUACGCUGGAGCGUUUUUCAAACCUUCACUUUCCCUGAAACCUCAUUCACCGCUGUUACCGCAUACCAGAACAAAAAGAUCACAAAGCUGAAAAUUGACCACAACCCCUUUGCUAAAGGAUUCAGAGAUGAGGGUACAAACUCCAAAAGACGAACAAACAGAAGUCUUGCUGAUCCAGAGAGGACUGCAAAGAAGAUGAACAGUUCAAAAGAGUCUGAACAGGGAAGUCCACAAGAUAUCCGUCAAUCCUCCUGUGAUGGUCUGGAUGAAGAACAUGUGGCUCGUAAGGAGAAGGAGGUAAAGGGUGAACGGUACUCUCCAUGGGGAGGUGCAUGCGACAGGGACACCGGCCACGCUGUCCGUGCUGACUCUCCUCUGGGCUCGGACCCUCGAGACGUGUACAGCUCAGAACAGCUCGUACCUGGACAGAACACAUACCAGCCGUACAGAUUUCAUGAAUAUGGCAAGUCCCCCUCGCCCUCCUCCUCCAGUGUGGGCAGCAGUGGUGGUUGUGGAAGUAGUGGCCGCUCCAGUUUUGAGUCACGUGUUCCUGAUGUCGCCACUGUUCCAGAUCCUGACUCUUCCAGCAAGCCCUCUGCCACUGAGUUCAGCCACCCCGCCUGCCCACCUCACCCCUCCGCUGGGCACCAGGACUACACAGGGGUGCUGAACAUGGCCAUAGCUCAGGCCAAGCCAGGUAUGCUGGGCCACCAUCCCCUCUACACCCCCUACUGUACUGAACAGUCUCUGGGACAGUGGAACGGAGCAGCAUCCUCUCAAUACCCCCCACAUCCACCUCCUCACCAUCACCUACCCACUGAGUACAGCACCCAGGCCGUACAUCACAGCUAUCACCAUGGAAACGUAGGGGACUGGAGUCAAUACCCACUCUUCUCUUACUCGUGCUGGUGAGUGGAUGAGGAUCCGCAGAUGAAAGACUUGUGAAUUCUGAUGUCUGCACGGUUAGGUCUGGUUCUUCCCGCCGUGACCUGGAUGAUGGUGCACGUUGUUCGUUACCUGCAAGUACCAGUUAAACAAUAGAACAGUAAGAGUUGAAUUUAGUCAAUAGGCACUAACUAAAAUGUGGUUUCUGAGUCAACUUGGAUAUGCAAAAUAACUAGAUGGAUUUUGAUAUAUGAGUGCAAAAGGCAAAUAAAGAACUUACUUCAGUACAACUGAAGACAAAUCUGAUCUGAGGAUCUUUGUAUUCUUUCCACGGUGUGAAAUGGCGAUGUGCUUGUCAUUUAAAUGCAUAUUGAAAUGCUGUUCUUGAGGCUUUUGAUACAUUUUGACUUGAAAACUUUAAUGGCUGCUUUCCAAGGAUCCAGAAUGAACUGGUUUUCCUUGUUUUGUUGUUAAAUGUCUAUUUAUUUCAUGUUUGGCUUUGCUGCUACUUACAUAUUUUUUGUUAAUAGGGAGAAAAUGCUGUAGUGUAAAAUGCUGUGUGAAAAUUGCAAUAUUGUAUGUCUGAAA